GUAUCUUGUGCUGAUGUGGCCGGAGGUGGAGCGGUACGAACCGGACAUAGUGACCGUGAGACCGAGACACUGAGCCGGGCGCUGCUGGAGCCGACUACCGGGAGCCAGAGACAGAAACCGACAGAUUAAAGGGGGGCACUGAGCCUCUUCUAUCCUUGGGAUGUUCAGCCGUCUUUCUGGCCUCGCUAAUACUGUCAUCCAUGAGCUGUCUGGUGAUGGAGAUGAUCUUGUGUCCUCAGCUGAGAUGUCCUCAAAGGAGUCUGAUUCUGUGGAAACGUUUUCAGAGGAUCACAAGGAGCAAUUGGCUCAAUAUCGACAACUAAUAAGUGAGCUUAAGGAGCUGAUUCGGCGGAAAGACCUUGAGAUCGAACAGAAAGAUGCUCAGCUAAAGGAGGAGCGCGACAUCUCAGGCACAAAAUUGGCCAAAUUAAAGCUUCAGGCGAAGGCAAAAGUAACAAAUCUGAACAAACAAAUAGAGGAGCUGAGGAGAGCAGCAGCAGAUCAGGUUAUCCAAGAUGGAGGAGUGGAUUUGCAUACUUGCAGUCAGAGUGAAAGCAAACCGUGUGGGACUCUUCAUGAACAAGAGAGGGAAAAACUGCAAGAGACUAUUGCAGAACUUAGGAGACAGGGGCACCAGGAUGAAGAAUGUAUAAGUGAGCUCACUAGUUCUUUGCAUGACUGUCAGGGCCAAAUUAAUGAGCUCAAGAGGCAGCUUGAUGAGAGUAAGGCUAGCAUCACAGAUCAUGCAUCUCAGCUCCCAGAUAGUCAAGACACUGUGGCUGAGCUCUCUUGGCAGCUUCAUGAGAAUGAAAAUAUCAAUAAGCUCACAAAACAGCUCCAAGAGAGUCAGGCCAGUGUCAUUGAACUCACAGAGCAGCUACAAGAGAAUUGGGGCAAUGUCAUUGAGCUCCAAAGACAGCUCCAGGAGAGUCAGGGACAAGUCACUGAAGUCACCAGACAGCUCCAGGAGAGUCAGGACCAAGUCACUGAAGUCACCAGACAGCUCCACGAGAGUCAGGACCAAGUCACUGAAGUCACCAGACAGCUCCAGGAGAGUCAAGACCAAGUCACUGAAGUCACCAGACAGCUCCAGGAGAGUCAGGACCAAGUCACUGAAGUCACCAGACAGCUCCAGGAGAGUCAGGACCAAGUCACUGAAGUCACCAGACAGCUCCACGAGAGUCGGGACCAAGUCACUGAAGUCACCAGACAGCUCCACGAGAGUCGGGACCAAGUCACUGAAGUCACCAGACAGCUCCACGAGAGUCGGGACCAAGUCACUGAAGUCACCAGACAGCUCCACGAGAGUCGGGACCAAGUCACUGAAGUCACCAGACAGCUCCACGAGAGUCGGGACCAAGUCACUGAAGUCACCAGACAGCGCCACGAGAGUCAGGACCAAGUCACCAGACAGCUCCACGAGAGUCAGGACCAAGUAACCAGACAGCUCCACGAGAGUCAGGACCAAGUCACUGAAGUCACCAGACAGCUCCACGAAAGUCAGGCCAGUGUCAUUGAGCUAAGAGAGCAGCUACAAGAGAAUCAGGCCAGUGUUAAUGAACUCACAAGACAGUUCCUGGAGAGUCAGAACCAAGUUUAUAAAGGCACAACCAAGGACAGUCGGAACCAAGUCACUGAAGUCAACAGGCAGCUCCAUGAGAGUCAGGACCAAGAUACUGACGUCACCAGAGACCUCUACGAGAGUCAGGACCAAGAUACUGAAGUCACCAGAGAGCUCCAUGAGUGUCAGAACCAAGUUACUGAAGUCACCAGAAAGCUCAAGGAGAGUCAAGACCAAGUUACUGAAGUCACUAGGCAGCUCCAGGAGAGUCAGGACCAAGUCAAUGAAGUCACCAGAAAGCAGCAUGAGAGUCAGGACCAAGAUACUGAAGUCACCAGAGAGCUCCACGAGAGUCAGGACCAAGUUACUGAAGUCAACAGAGAGCUCCAUGAGUGUCAGAACCAAGUUACUGAAGUCACCAGAAAGCUCAAGGAGAGUCAAGACCAAGUUACUGAAGUCACUAAGCAGCUCCAGGAGAGUCAGGACCAAGUCAAUGAAGUCACCAGAAAGCAGCAUGAGAGUCAGGACCAAGUUACUGAAGUCACCAGAAAGCUCAAGGAGAGUCAAGACCAAGUUACUGAAGUCACUAGGCAGCUCCAGGAGAGUCAGGACCAAGUCAAUAAAGUCACCAGAAAGCUCCAGGAGAGUGAGGACCAAGUUACUGAAGUCACUAGGCAGCUCCAGGAGAGUCAGGACAAAGUCACUGAAGUCAUAAAACAGCUACUUGAGAGUCAAAAUACCAUAACUAACCUAACAAAACAGCUCAAGGAGAGUCAGGAUGAGGUCAAAGAAGUCAGGAGACCAUUCCAGGAUAAUCAGGACUAUUCCACUGUGAAUCAGCUGUGCAAUAGUAUAGAAAAACAGGAUACAGAGGUAAGGGCUGUUAUUCUUUAUUAUCCAAUGAUCUCUCAGCAAUUUUAG